GCUCGCUCUCCUCUCCUCUCUCCCAACCAUCCUCCUACUACCGGCGGCGGAGACGACGGCGACAUGGUGCAGCGUCUGACCUACCGGAAGAGGCACAGCUAUGCCACCAAGUCCAACCAGACGAGGGUCGUCAAGACCCCUGGUGGCAAGCUCGUGUACCAGUACACGAAGAAGAGGGCGAGCGGCCCGAAGUGCCCUGUGACCGGGAAGAAGAUCCAGGGAAUUCCCCACCUGAGGCCUACUGAGUACAAAAGAUCAAGGUUGUCUAGGAACCGCAGGACUGUGAACCGUCCCUAUGGCGGAGUGCUCUCUGGACCUGCAGUUAGAGAAAGGAUCAUCCGUGCUUUCUUGGUUGAGGAGCAGAAGAUUGUGAAGAAAGUCUUGAAAAUACAGAAAACCAAGGACAAGACUGCCUCGAAGUAGAUUACUUUUCGAAACGGGGAGUGAGAUGCGGUUAUGUAAACAAGGAAAUAUUUUUGUGGAUGGUGAUCAUCAAUGGUUUUUAGUCCCUUCUAGCUAAAUGCUUUAGUAUGUCAAGGAGACAGCUGUUGAAUCCAGAGAUUAUGAGACAUUUGAUACCCAUUUGCUAUUCCAUUUCUGAAUCUCAUGUUGAAUUUGCAA